GCAGCUGAUAUAAGGACGUGGUGCGUUCUGGAGGAAAGUGGAUUUUGCUGCUUCCAAGAUAGACGCUUUUAGAAAACAAAACUAAUAAUGUUUUAAUGGACAGAUGUACAGAUUUUAGAAAUAUGUGGUUUAAAUUAACAAUACAAUGAGACCCUCGUGUUUUUUCCCCUGGGAACUCAGCACUGUAACAUUGAAGAGCUCACCAUCGACUGAAGAAACAAUGCAGGCCUAGCUAGCAUAAAAUGUUAGCUAGCGAAGCUAAUCCGAUAACUAGUCGACCAGACAGCAGUGGGAUUUAAACCUUGUAUGAACCUGUGAUUCGAAGCUGUUGUCUCGUUAAAUCCGCAAUGAGUUCGCAGCUGCAAGUUUUCUCUCCCCCUUCAAUCUCCUCCAGUGCCUUCUGCCGUGUUAAGAAGCUCAAGGUGGAGAGUAAUGUUUGGGACGUAUCCACCACUGAAGCUUAUGGCUCCAUAGCAGGCCAGUCGGCAUACGCAUUUACCCCAGCUAUGGCUGUUCCCCCCUUUGCACCAUCCCUUGUCUUCCCUCCUGCAGCAUCUGGCUCUAGAGGUCAAGUGGUGGUACGUGCAGCCGAUAGUACAGGUAGUCUUCCUCGUGGAUCUAGUCGACGUGUCACUGAGCAGGCAACAUCAUCCUCUUAUAAUCAUGGCACGUCGUCUGAGACAAGAGCUCAAAGGCACGGGCAGAAGAGAAAGGUCGAGGAUACCAGUGAAGGAAGUGGAUGUGGCAGCGUUCAAAUAUUAGAGGAGCUCUCAGCUCCUGCAGCAACUUACUCCAACCGCACAGGUGGUGGAGGAGGGGGGACUGGUCAAUCUAUUCCUCACUCAGCUCCAACCACCAAGAGUAGCAGCUCCAAUGGGGAGGGGGAUUAUCAGCUUGUGCAGCAUGAGAUUCUCUGCUCCGUGUCCUGCAGCUAUGAAGUGCUGGAGUUCCUAGGAAGGGGCACGUUUGGACAAGUGGCCAAGUGUUGGAAGAGGGGCACCAAUGAGAUCGUAGCAAUCAAAAUUCUGAAAAAUCACCCUUCUUAUGCUCGUCAGGGUCAAAUUGAGGUGGGAAUCCUGACCAGACUGAGUGCAGAGAAUGCAGAUGAGUAUAACUUUGUGCGCUCAUACGAAUGCUUCCAACACAAAGGUCAUACGUGCUUGGUGUUUGAGAUGCUAGAGCAGAAUCUCUAUGACUUUCUGAAGCACAGCAAGUUCAGCCCACUCCCCUUACGGCACAUCAGACCCAUCCUGCAGCAGGUGGCUACAGCACUAAUGAAACUCAAGAGCCUGGGAUUGAUUCAUGCAGACUUAAAACCUGAAAACAUUAUGCUGGUUGACCCUCUUAAACAGCCUUACAGGGUGAAGGUUAUUGACUUUGGCUCAGCAAGUCAUGUGUCCAAAGCAGUGUGCUCAACCUACUUACAGUCUCGCUACUACAGGGCUCCAGAGAUUAUUUUGGGCCUGCCGUUCUGUGAAGCCAUUGACAUGUGGUCUUUAGGCUGUGUGAUUGCUGAGCUGUUUCUAGGUUGGCCUCUCUACCCUGGAGCUUCUGAGUAUGACCAGAUCCGUUACAUUUCUCAGACUCAAGGCCUGCCUGCUGAGUACCUGCUGAGCGCCGGCACCAAGACCAGCCGUUUCUUUAAUCGAGGCCCUGACUCUAGCUACCCCCUCUGGAGGCUUAAGACUCCAGCAGAGCAUGAAAUGGAGAUGGGCAUCAAAUCGAAGGAAGCCAGAAAGUACAUCUUUAACUGUCUGGAUGACAUGAUGCAGGUCAAUCUAUCUUCUCAUUUGGAGGGGACAGACAUGCUUGCAGAGAAAGCUGAUAGACGGGAGUUUAUAGACCUUUUAAAGCGAAUGCUCCGUCUGGAUGCAGACAAAAGGAUCACGCCUACAAAAACUUUAGGUCACCCCUUUGUCACAAUUAGCCACUUAAUGGACUACCCCCACAGUUCCCAUGUGAAGUCGUGCUUCCAAAAUAUGGAAAUCUGCAAACAUCGGAGCUCUUAUGACAGUGGCAAGUCCCUGUACUCCACUAAUGCAGUCCCAGGCACUGCAUCAGGCAACCUCACAGUUACUUUCAGUAGCCAACUCAACCAGCAUAACCAGGUGCCUCCUGCAGGGGGUGCGGUGCCUUUGCUGAACUACCAGCCAGCUCUCUACCAGCAGGCAACCAUCAACAUUCCUGGGCUCGCUCACCAGAGCGUCCCUCUUCCAACACGUCCUGCUGGGCUGUGUAGCCAGACAGAACCCUUCCAGCAGACCCUCAUUGUCUGUCCACCCUCUACUAUUCAAGGGCUACAAUCAUCCAGUAAAAGUUCCAGUUUCCCUGUAAGGGUGGAGAACUCUGUACCCAUAGUACCUCAGAACCAGUCUGCCCAGUCGCUGCAGAUCCAGCCAAGUAUGCUGACACAGGGUUCCUGCACACCCCUGAUGGUGGCCACCUUGCACCCACCCCCAGCAGGCAUAGCCCCCCAGUAUUCUCUGCCCCUUGGGCUGGGCACUGGGGUGGGUCGGCCCACCCUUCUGGAGCACACAGCCACAGUGCUGCAGGCCUGGCCCACUGGUACCCAACAAAUCCUCAUACCGUCAUCAUGGCAGCAGGUCCCUGGUGUGGCUGUCCACAGCUCUGCCCACCAGUCAAAUGCCACCGGAUCACCCCUGGAAACGAUCCACUCCAAUAGUGCUAUGCAGCAGGGACACAGCUGGCGGAACGUAACCCAAGCAAGGAUGCAGCAGGAAAGAAAAAAGGUGAAAGCCAGACGUGGGGAGAACAGAAACAGGGGUGUAUCCACGACAUCCUUGCUUAGCAGUAAUGGUGUGACCCCACCAUCUUCCGCCAUCAUGUUGUCCCAGCCAAUCAUUAUCUCUGACACACCCAGCCCAGCGGUCAGCAUCAUCACUAUUCACAGCGACACAGACACAGAGGACGAGCGCAAGUUCCAUCCUGCAAGUGUUGGACUGAACCGCAUUGAGCGCACUAAUGUUAUCAGCUGUGUAACCGUGCACGAUUCCGAUUCCUCUACGGCCAGUCCUCUGACUCCCCUACCCCGCACACUUAACCCUGCAAACACCAUGUCGUCACGGCAGGCCAAGUCUCUAGCAGUGGUGGCACCUUCAGUCAAAACCCAAGCAGCUGAAAGAGGGACAGUUUCACAUGGCCGUGUAGAGACCGUGAACUACAUGAAACCAAAAAGAUCAUCUAACAGACAGCCCUGCAGUUCAGGGGAGAGCCUGGAUCGUCAUGGAGUAAUCCCAAGCCAGUCACACCCCUUAAACCUCAGCCAGGUACAGUCGGUAGUUUCUUCAUCUCAGGAGCGUUUGGGGGUUUCCCACAGCGACUCAUCUUUGCGUCGUCAGCAGACUUUUCCUCCGACCGUUUCUGCCUCUCACUACAGCUUCCCUGAAGUGUCUGCCCUGUCAUCGGGCUCAGCUGCUGCUACCAGCCUGUACACCUACCCAGCCUCCACCGCCCUCUCCUCAGCUUCUCAGGCUAUGGAGCAGCUGCUAGGCCGUGGUCACGGCAACCAUGGACACUCCCCCUCUGCCUAUGCAGCAACAUACACCUCAUCUUCAUCAUCCUCCAGGAGAGACUCGGCCAGUCGCAAGGAUUCUGUCAGUAGCCUGCUGCAUGGUCUCCCUGCAGCCUACCAGCAUCAGUUUGCCGCUGGUUCUCCCUAUGUUAGUGUGACACCCCGGGCUGAGGCUUACAGUGCCUAUCAGCUAAGCCCCAGGCGCCUCACACAGUACCCCUACUUAUAGAUAAUCUCUUACAAUUAAGCAGAGAAGAAAAUGCAUCUACUUCUCUGCUCACAUACAUCACAAAGAGACAUAGAAACUUUAGAGCAAUUCUUGUUUGCUGCUUUUAACUCCAAGACAGCAUUUCAGUUCUGGCUCAUUUAUGUGUUCUUUCGGACAGUUUUAGUGUUUUUUUGACAUGUCUUUUGGUAUUAUGUAUCAUUUUAUUUUCCCUUAAAAGCAUAGUUUAUGGUUUAUUUUAUUCCCAACCUAUUCAGCCCAGUUAAGGCAUUGUGUUAACUGUAUCUUACCCCUGUUUACCUUGAGGAUUUGUGUGAAGAGAGAUCAUUCUCCUGACACGAGCUUUGACUAUAUUUUAGGUGAGCAUUUUAGAGCCUGACUUGCGUCAGUAUAGCUCACGGUCCUUAGUUUUUCAUGAGCCUAAUUUCAAGGUUUCCACACUAAUCCACUGAGACCCUUUGUUUUUAGUGAACAUAAUUACUGUACCUUAACCAUGUCUGUUUACUCUUGUCUUUUUACUAUAUUUAAAUUAUGUUUUGUCAUUGUGAAGUAAGAAGAAGAAGGUCUGUGAAGAUGAGAAGGUGUGGUGAAAACUGUGGAUAUGUUAAUUUAAAAACACAUCGUGGUAGUAUGUUUAUGUAGUAACAGUGUUUAGGCAGGAUAGAUCAUGUCCUUAUGCAAUAGAAUUAAAACUACAUACCUGGUUGCUGAAUGUAUUUAUGAAGUUCAGAGUGUCAUCACCAUCCUGAGGAAUGAUGUGAAAAGCUUUUAAAUUGUUAGGAAAAAAUUUGUCCCCCUUGAGCGUGAAAAAUCCAUUUUAACAUGGACCGUAAAAUAUUCUUUAUAUAUAACUAUAUAUGUGUGAAUCCCGAUUGUGUUGGACCUGUUAUUGCUCAAACUGAUUUAUGGCCAGUUUUUUUACACUUAAAUUCUUGCUAAGAAGCUGUAGUUAACUACCCACAAUGCUGCAGAAAAAUGUAUUCAUACUUUUAGAAAUGCUCAAUAAUCCAGUGUCUGAUGAUAAAUAUCCUCCUGUGUCCUCAAACAUAGUGUCUUUCCUGCCAAAAAGAUGUUUUUGUUUUGUUUUUUGAUUAAACUGCAAAUUCAUUCUUGUGUGGAAGACAGCAGAUAGUGUGUUCAGACCAGACCUGCAGCUUUCCCUGCUUCCCAUCUUUAUUUUUAAAGGGAGUGAAUCUCUGGAUAGUUUCUGAAAUCUUCAGUAAAUCCUUCCCCAACUGUUUUUCCAUCAGUUUUGUAUUGUAAUGUCUGAAUAUUUAACUGUAUUUCAUCUUAACAUAGUAUAGUUAAGGGGCUGUUUUUAGUAGAACUAAUUCAGGGAAAAAGAUUUGAGCUCAAAUAAUCCACUGUCACUGUUUCCAAUAAAAUAACCACAAACACA